CCUUGAUUGCCAUUGCCUUUCCCUUUCCUAUGCGCGGCGCCUCUUCUUCCUUCUCCAUCAACAAACAGUAGGCCCGUUACCAUGCCUCUCGACCCCAAGGACGAGCCGUUCCCCACGAAACAGCUCAUUAUUAUCGGAAUAUGCCGAUUCUCCGAGCCUCUCGCAUUCAAUUCCAUCCUCGCGUACUCGUACGUGAUGGUACAGGAUUUGGGCAUUCAUGAACGCGAUGCUUCUUUCUACUCCGGACUGCUCGUCUCUGCCUAUGCCAUCGCUGAGGCCAUCACCGCGCCGCUAUGGGGAUCUAUCUCCGAUGUCUACGGCAGGAAACCGGUCGCGCUGAUUGGUCUGGCUGGUGUUGCUAUGUCCAGUAUUGUCUUUGGUAUGGCUGGUACCUUCUGGGUUGCGCUACUUGCGCGAUUCAUUGGUGGUGCUUUGAAUGGAAAUGUUGCUAUCAUGCAAACCAUGGUCGCCGAGAUGGUCAAGAACCCAGCUCAUGAGCCUCGUGCAUAUGCCACACAGCCCUUCGUCUGGACUCUGGGAGGCAUCAUUGGCUCAGCCAUGGGUGGUUUCCUUGCCCAGCCAGCCGUCUUCUACCCCAACGCUUUCGCCAAGGAUGGUCUAUUUGGAAAGUACCCAUACCUCCUCCCCAACCUCGUCGCGGCCAUUGGUAUCGUUCUUGCAAUUAUCCAGGGCAUGUUCUUCCUGAAGGAGACAUUAGUCCGCGAGGAGGAGCCCGACCAGAACGGUGGCAUCACAUACGGCGACAACGUCAACGAGAGGAGUCGUCUGCUUCCACCGCAGCAGCCCCACCAGAUCCCGGGACGUGUCCGUGGUUCUGUGGCUGGCUCGGUGCGCGAGCCUCGUGGUUCUAUUGUCAGCUUGACAAGGGAACGCCUGCACUCCAUGUCAGUCGCAGGCAGCAUUCGUCACAUUCGCAAGCGUGCAUCUUUCCUGGAAGAGGGUAUGCCCGCGCCAUUCGAUCAGCGUUUCGACAUCCGUCGCUCGUCUUUCGGCACCAUGCACUCCAUUAGGGUCGCGCCUCACAACGUUCUCCCUACUCGAGGACCGCCCCCUAAGCCACGCUCAACUUUCAACAAGACGGUUGUUAUGAUGAUCAUCUCGAUGUCCAUCUUCGCAUUCCACCAAAUGGCGUUUGUCAGCAUUCUCCCUGUUUACAUCUUGGAUGAGCCCAUGGCUCGUGGCGUUGACUUCCGUGGUGGUCUCGGCAUGUCUCUCCACGAUGUAGGCGCUUUCUUGGCCAUCAACGGUUUCAUCGCAUUGUUCGUGCAAGGCUUCAUUUUCCCCAUUUUCGUCGAGCAUGUUGGUGUGUGGAAGUCUUUCUUCUACAUGGUCCUCUUUUACCCCAUCUGCUACGUCAUUAUCCCCUUCAUCAGCGCCCUUCCUGAUGAGUUUGUCUCGCCCGGAGUUUACUUCACUCUGCUCUUGCAGGCGUUUUUCGGUAUCAUCGUUUUCCCCUGCUCUCUCAUCCUGAUGAAGAACGCUGUUCCUUCACCGCUGGUUCUUGGGCGCGUCAACGGACUGGCUAUGUCCGCCUGCUGUCUCGCCAGAACUAUUGCUUGCCCUUUGGUAGGAGCUAUCUACUCCAUUGGUGGUAGCGCUACCGCGUGGUUCGGCCUCACGCUCAUGGCCGUCUUUGGUGUCAUCCAGCUCAUCUGGGUACCUAAGGAGGAUGUUGGCCCAGUCGAAAUUGACAAUGGCCUCAAGAAGGUUGUUCACCGCGACGACGAGAAUGAGGACGCGAUCGACGACAUCUCGGUCAUCGGAUCGGUUCGGUAAUCAUUGUCCAAAAAGAUCGAGUUUACGAAGUUUCGUCCAUAUCGAGGAUCAUAAUGUCAACGAAGGAAGAGUUAUCGCCUGGUUCCUCAGUUUCUGCAGCAUUGUUCGGCGUUGGGGGCACUUUUCAUGGCUUCACGAGAAUCUGAUCAUCACCAGUCAUUCGGUCAUGUGAGCAUUUCUUGCAUAGCGAAUCGAAAAGCUUAUGUCAUAUGUAUCAACGUUCUGCGAUAGGUUUUGCAAAUAAAGCG